AUGCCUUUCCUGAUCGGUGUCGCGAUUUCUAGUCGAAGGGCUGAGUAUCUGGUGUCGCUGAUUGUUUAUGGAGCUAUGCCACAACUUUGUUUGAAAGGAAAGCCCUCUCUGGAAGCACGAGCCAGUUUCAUCUUAGACCGAUGCCAUCGGCAACCGAAAACUGCAUUCAAAACGCAGACAACGCCGCAGCGUCAAAUUGUAUCAGAGCUCUCUCUCUGCGUGGAGGUUGCUGGAGCGAGCCAAGACGACGGGGCGUCCAUAUUUCAAGGGAAUUGUAAUGACGGUAACAAGCACCAGGUGUUCGACUUUAUUCCUGCUAGCGGUACAGACAACGCGUAUCAUCAAAUUCGGGCUUCCCACUCCAACAAGUGCCUUGGUGUGGCUGAUGGGGCAUUAGCACCUGGGGCUGACAUAGUGCAACUGUCUUGUGUCGACAACGACCCCGCUACGCUGUGGAAGCAACGUGAUGGGGUAUUGAUCUUGCAGCACUCUGGUUAUUGUUUGAGUGUCGAUGCCAGUUCGCGUUCCACAUCAGGGGCCUUUAUGGUACAAUGGUUUUGCGACAGUCCCAGCGUCAAGUGGCAAGUUAAGACAGUAUCCGAGCAAUAUGACGGACUACAGCAACUUUUGAAACGCAGCAAUUUUGCGCGCAGAUCCGAAUCUGGAUUCUACCUCAGUACGGGAACGACGCACGACAACCAGUUUCUUACUACGAAUUCGUCUUGGUCGGAGACAGAAACCGAUGGGGCAACUUACUCGGGGUGUGGCAGUUAUGGGCAAGACACAUUUAACCGUCAUCGCACUGGGCCAGCCUUUGUCUUCACCAUACCGGGGUUCGUUGCGGGCGAUACGUACGACGUAACAAUGGGGUUCGCUGAGAUGUGGGUCCCCCAAUGCCAGGACGGAAAGCGAAUUAUGAAUAUCACAGUCAAUGGAAGAACGUUUGCGCAAGACUUGGAUGUCUAUAAUGCCGCUGGUGGGUGCCGCACUGCUUUGAUUCUGACCAAGUCGUUCGAGGCCAGUAGCAGAGGAGAAUUCGUGAUCGAUUUUACCAGUACGAUUCACAACCCUAUGGUUUCAUUCAUUCAGAUACAACAUGUUGGAGCAAACGCUAUGCAAGCCCGAAUGCUAGCAGAUGUACCGACGGCUUCGCCAAAUCUAAGCAUCGAGCCCACGAUUGCACGAGCAACAAACGUCUCCACCAUAGUUUCAGAAGGAUUUAGUGGACUCUGUGUUGAUAUACUUGGGGGCAGUGUAUCAGAUGGUGCUCAGGCUGUCCAGGCAUCUUGCAACGGAGGUGAUAGUCAGGAGUAUCAAUUCUUGAUUGUUGGUGAGGGCCAGUUCCAAGUUGUGGCCUCUCAUUCACAAAAGUGUUUGGGUGUUGCCGACUUGGAUGUGACAGACAGUGCCGAUGUCAUUCAAUUGCCGUGUACGAGCAACACCCUUUGGUACGUUGUUGGCGGUGGUGCAUACCUACAACUUCGCGUUCUGCAUAGUGCCAAAUGCUUGAGCAUAUUCGGAGCCUCGAUUGCCCCAGGUACGAAGCUUGUUCAGGAAGCCUGUGAUGAAGGCCCCGAUCAGCUCUGGCGCGUCGCGGACGGCCUGUUCGCAGAGGAGACGCUGGAGCCCUCGGCGUCGGCAGCUCCAAGCCCGAGCCCCAGUGUGAGCUUUGAGCCAACGAGAGCGGGAGCGGGAAAGGGCCCCCCUGCUCCGACAAUUCAACCGACAUUGUCCAACGCUCCAAGUAGUAUGCCAAGUCUGAGUGCCUUACGCGGAUCCUCGCCACCCUCACAACAACCUUCACAAACCGUAAGCGUUUCACCGAGUGUUAGCGUAGAACCAACGAUAGCACCAGGGCCUCCCUUGUUCUAUCUCAAGACUGGAACUAACCAAGACCUUGCAUACAUCUCCGCUCCUAGCUUUGCUCCGACUUUCAGUUCAGCACCAACAGAGUCGUCGGAGGUGCCUUCAUUGGCGCCUUCAACGUCCGUAUCUCCGAGCACUUCACCAACUUCAAGUGCGGAACCCACAGUAGCUCCGGAGCCAAAUCCGUGGGAAGGUGAAUACGCUAUGACUCUGGUUGCUGUAGCUGCUGCAAAUCUGGACGAUGGGAGAAUUCUAGCUUGGUCAGCGUGGAGCAGGACUCAUUAUGCCCGUAGUGUCGGAAAAACUUUCAUUUCCAUUUUCGAUCCUGCAACCAAUGAGAGUACGGAGGGAGAAAUCACAAAUACGAACCACGACAUGUUUUGCCCUGGGACUGCUACUUUAGGCGACGGUCGAAUUAUGAUUACCGGAGGUUCCAAUGCAGCGUCCGUUACUUUUUUCGACCCCUCCGCCAAUAGCUGGUACAGAGGUCCCCCAAUGAAAAUUCCGCGGGGAUACCAUUCGAUGACUGUGCUAGGGGAUGGAUCGGUCUUCACUCUCGGAGGUUCAUGGAGUGGUGCAGGAAGGGGCAACAGGGGCGGCGAGGUUUGGAGUCCAACCGGUGGGUGGGUUUUGAAGAGUAACAUUCUCAUACCUGGAAGCUCAAGCUUGCUUACGAACGACGUUGGUGGCGUCUUUCGGUCAGACAACCACAUGUGGCUCUUCACUGCCCCCAACGGUAAGGUAUUUCAUGCCGGACCGUCGAAAAGAAUGCACUGGAUCGACGUUGCUGGCGAAGGAGAAAUAUCCGACUCUCUUCUCCGUGGCAACGACAACGACGCUAUGAAUGGCAAUGCGGUCAUGUUUGAUAUUGGCAAAAUUUUUACCGUCGGAGGCGCUCCCAAUUAUGAGUAUGGUGAUAACGAGGGAACUAAGCUGGCCCACGUUAUCGAUAUCAAUGCCGGAGAAGGGUCUGAGACUGUUCAGAGGGUAGGUGACAUGGCCUUCGCAAGAACAUUGGCUAACAGCGUGGGCCUCCCCUCGGGAGAAGUGAUUGUUAUUGGUGGUCAAACGAAAGUAUUUCUUUUCACAGACAGAGAAGCUGUUUUCGCUGCCGAGAUCUGGAGUCCUAACACAGGCCAGUUCACGACUUUGGCGGAAAUGAAGAUACCGCGCACCUAUCACAGUGUAGCAAUCUUGAUGAAAGAUGGUCGCGUGUGGGCGGCAGGUGGCGGACUUUGCGGAAAUUGUCCUACAAAUCAUAAAGACGCUGAGAUCCUUACCCCACCCUACUUGCUCAAUGAGGAUGGUUCCCUGAAGACGCGGCCUGUCAUACAGUCUUCACCGUCUCGGUUAGUUCCCGGUGAGACAAUUAAUGUAUCGGUGGACACAAGCGGCAACCAUAAUUUUGUGCUCAUGCGGAUCUCCGCUGUUACUCACUCUGUGAACAACGACCAGCGGCGCAUACCGCUCACGACUGUGGGUGGCGACAAUAAUUCCUUUCAAUUGAUUGCUCCGGACAACUACAAUGUGACUGUACCUGGAACUUACUUUUUAUUUGCUAUGAAUGCUGAUGGUGUUCCAAGCGUUGGAAAGACGAUUGUAGUUGACGCCCCAGACGGUCCGCAGCCAGACCCGCCCCUAAUUUUUCCUAUCGAGUCUGCGGACUUUAGUGGUCUGGAUCGAUGGGUGAAGGAGCAAACAUCGUACAACAACCUUGUGACGACUUUUCCCAUCAGCUAUGGACCGUUACGGGAUCUGGGAGUGAUCAGCAACUCAAGGCUUCACAUUCCGGCAAGUGUUUGAGCAUUUUUGAAUCCUCCAUCGCGAUUGGCGCGAUAUUGGUUCAAUUGGAAUGCAAUGAGGAACCCGCUCAACUCUGGCGAAUUGAUGACCGAUUGAACUCAUCACAAGUAGAGGCCCCGUCCCUCUCCAACCCACCGAGCUUAGCACCAAGUGUGAGUUCCGCACCAGCUGUAGCGUCGGCAAGUCUACCACCGACAAUAGCCCCAGCGCCGCCAAUCUUCUCCCUUCGAACGGGAUCCCCGCUAGACCUCCCUUACAUAUCGGCGGGCGGACCGGCAAGCAAGACUUACCAGGAUCCAACUCCGUCAGCUAUUUCCGGAGCCGGAGAAUACGGGGAUGCAACAUUCCAACGCCAUCGAUGGGGGAACACCUUUACUUUUACCAUCCCUGGCUUCGUGGCUGGCAACACAUACGCUGUC